CUCCCCGCUCCCCAAAGACCUCCUGUCCCAAACGCUGCUAGGAUUGCACUCUUCCUGGGAUGUAGAAGAGAGCAGUAGUUGGUGGAAUCCUAGCCAACCCUAAGAAACAGGAUUAACCUCAACAGUUCUCCUGGGAACCUUUGAUUCAAACUGUGAUUUGAUUUGUUUUCUGAAACAUUGAUUCUUUGGUCACAGAUUGCAGCGAUGCCUGUCUCUGGAACACCUGCUCCAACCAACAAGAGGAAGAAGCCUUCAAAAAUCAUCACAGACUUCUCAAACAUCUCACAACAUGACCAGCAAGAUGAGGAUGCUGAAGCUGCUGAACUGGACUUGGGGACCAAAAUCAAAACCCCUAAAGAUGUGAUGUUGGAGGAGCUGUCCCUCAUGAAGAACAAGGGCUCCAAAAUGUUCAAGAUGAGACAGCAGAGGGUGGAGAAAUUCAUCAUCAGUUACCUGAUCAUCUUCUUGUUCUUUAUGUCCAAAAGAACUGCUCUACCCUUUGGAGGAUUUGAGAAGGCCUCUCGUCUUGCCACCUUUGAGCAACCAGAGAUUAAGGUAACCGAUGAGGAGCCGCAGCCAGUGUCUGUGUUGCAGUAUAACAUUUGCUGUCGGCCUUCUUUCAACCGCACUCCGAUCGGUUGGACGUGCAAUGAGGAGCACAGCCACAUCCACAUGGAGCUGGAAAACAUCCCCUUUGAUGGAGAGACUGAUGACCUCUAAGAAACCUGCCCAUCAUAUGUAAACAACACAGAAAUGUAUAAAUAUAUACAAAAAACAACAUACAUAUUCUAACAUGAAGGCCAAGUACACAUGCGUAAAGCACAUACACAGACCAGCAAACAGGGACCUUAUGCACUCACCCCCAAAAACUAUGACUGAUUCAUAUUUGCAAGAGAAUGGAAUCAUCUUUGCCCUUUCUCCCAUUGUUUUGUGUGCUGUUUUCUUUGGAAACCCAUCACUGCAUGUUGUGAUUAGCUAGUUCAUAUGUUACCAGACACAUUAUGCCUAAUUGACUGCACUGGUAUUUAUGAUAGACAUAUACACACAAACUAAAUAAUAGGCAAAAAUGAUCAAGCACUAAAAUAAACAUUUAUCCCUAAACAGAAUAUGGUCUUGUUUCUUAUAUAAGGAAGCAAUCUGUCUGUGUAUGUAUGCUACUAAUAAAAUUGUUCAUCUUUGUUCAGCA